UUAUCUGCACACUUGCACUUUUUACUUGCGCUUCUUCUGCCCGCAACGCACCAGUGCCAUUCCCUGUUUCUUUCCCAGUACACGACCCGCAUCUGGCCCUUUCUCUGCUCGUCCCGCCUGGGUCCUUUCUCACCCUCACUUAAUUACACCAUCCCCUCCCCUCGUCGACAUUUCGGCCAAAAUCCUACCGUCGCCCGUCCAGUCCUUCCUGUCCUCGUCCUUGUCCUCAGACUUGCGCGGGUCACGGACACAAGACCCUCCACUCUCUACUUACUCCAGUACCUGACCUCCCCACGCGGCUACGCCUCUUCGUCCGAUCUCACUUUACCACCGCCCGACUGGAAACUCUUCCUUCCGUUCGACCAUCCGUCCGACGUUUGGCUUGCGGUCCUCCCAUUCAAUUUUUCCUCCGUCUGUAGGAAAGCAUCUUGCGCCUGCUUUUCUUUUCGACUGCGUCUGCGUCUGCGCCUACUCCGCCUACGCCAACGCCUACGCCUCUUCACUGCUGACGCUGCCGUUCCACGAGAAUAG